AUGUGUGGAGUGAGUGACAAGGCCUUCAGAAUGAUACAGGAGCUACUGGGGGAUGCCUUUGAGCAUGCAAAGAUUCUGGCUUCACUGAACGAUGCCAAGAGGAUCAUAAGAAAGCUCAGCAAUGCGUACAAGAAGAUAGAUGCUUGUCCAAAUGACUGCAUGUUAUAUCAGGGCAGCGAUCAAGAACUGUCUAGGAUCAACGUGGUUGUUAAGAAGAAUAGGAAGCCACAGGCGGCGAAAGUUCUUCGUUACUUUCCCCUUAUUCCACGACUGCAGCGGAUGUUCAUGUCCAGUAAGACAUCCGUUGACAUGUUGUGGCACAAGAAAGGUCCUAACUUAGACAGUUUUUUAAGGCAUCAAAGGGACGGUGAGGCAUGGAAGGUAUUUGACAGAAGAUAUACAGUCUUCAGUAGCGAUCCGCGCAGCGUUUGCUUAGCCUUAGCUAGCGAUGGCUUUAAUCCCUUCGGAAAUCUCAGCUCAAGGUACUCGAUCUGGCCCGUGAUUCUUAUCCCGUACAACCUACCUCCAUGGAUUUGUAUGAAACCCAGCUCUUUCUUGCUCUCUAUGAUUAUUCCUGGUCCCAAGAUGUCUGGGAAUGAUAUAGAUGUCUACCUACAGCCCUUGAUAGAUGAGUUGAAGCAGCUGUGGGGUGGUGUCGAGACAUACGACGCUAGCGAGAAAAAAACAUUUAAGAUCUAUGCUGCGUUGAUGUGGACAAUCAACAAUUUUCUAGGAUUGGAUCAUCGGCGCUUUCUGAGUCCAGGCCAUAGAUAUCAGCAGGAUCGGGUUAGAUUUGAUGGCAAGGUAAAGGACAGAAGUCCCCCUAUCAAAUUGUCUGGUGGAGAUAAUUUGAGACAGUUGGAGAAUGUGCAUGUCACGCUUGGCAAGGUGCAAAUGGUUACUGAGAAGAAUGUGUACGACAACAUGAUCUACACGAUACUGAACGAUAGUGGUAAAUCCAAUGACCACCUCAAAGUUCGAAAAGACCUCCAGCUGACGAGGAUCAGGCAUGAUCUCUGGCCACGGGUAGAUGAAAAGUAUCUCACUGCAAUCUUUUCCAUGUUGAAUUCACAGAAGGACGUCUUUUUUAAGACUUUAAAGAACGUGGUCUUUCCAGAUGGUCACUCGAGCAACAUUUCUCGCUGUGUUGACUUACAUCAGCAAAAGCUAUCUGGCUUGAAAAGUCAUGAUAAUCACACUCUAAAGGAUUAUCUUCUGCCAAUUGCAUCAAGAAAUGUAUUGCCUGCCCCAGUGUCAGUCGUCCUGGCUGAUUUCUCAACUUUCUUUCGACGACUAUGCAGUAAAUCUAUAGACCCUCAACAACUUCCUCUCCUUCAGGAACAUGUGGUCCUCACUCUUUGUCGCAUGGAGAUAAUUUUUCCACCAUCUUUCUUUACAGUCAUGGUACACCUAACCUUGCAUCUGGUUGAAGAGUACGUGCGUAAUACGGCAGCACCGGAAGGAUCAAUUGCCGAGGGCUACUUAUCUGAUGAGAUUCUCACUUUUUGUUCAAGAUACUUGGAUAAUGUUGAGAGCAAGAUAAAUAUACCAGUGCAUGUUGAUGAUCGACUGAGCAAAGAUGUGACUAAAAACGUGACAAGCAUGUUCCCACUGAUUGGCAAGGUGGUAGGGGCUGCGGCAUUUUUUAAUCUUUCACCAAUUGAGAGACUUCAAGCACAUCGUCACAUACCAUUGGGAAGUACUAUUCACUCGAGAGAAUCGCAGUGGCUCGUAUGUGACCCCAAUAUUCAGGCAAGGCGCUUUAAGACUUAUGCAAGUGCUCGUGACAAUAAUGUUGUUGUUGGUGGCGUGUCGUAUUAUGGAAGAUUGGUAGAUAUCAUUGAGCUGAAUUACAGUGGUCAAUUUACCGUGGCCUUGUUUAGGUGCCUCUGGGUAGACACCACGUCUGAUGACGAGCCGUACAUUCUUGCAUCCGAGGUUCGCCUUGUAUACUAUGUGGAUGAUGAAGUUGAUGAGGACUGGAGUGUGGUAGUCCAUGCGAAGCCGAGAGAUUUGUUUGACAUGGGUAAAUACAAUGAACACUGUCUUUCGUUGACAAGGGAUGGCAACUUAGAAGAAUCCCUGACUGACGCCAUCAAUACUGGAGAAGAGGCUGCUGAUUUAUAG